AUGGCCCUCGCGGUAUCGGCCCAGAACGACUGCAAGGGCCAGGUGGGCGCCUACUCCUACGACCUCAACCCGCUCGCCCGAAGGCUGGGCACGACGCUCCUGCGAACGGACUACAACGGGGGGGCGUUUAUGUACUCAGUGUGCCACGACCCGGCCAUUGUAACCCUGUGGGACCCAGUCAUCGUCAGUUGGCUCAGGGCCAACGCUAGCAUCAAGCCCCUGGCGAGCGGGAACGAUGCCGAGGGCUUUACGCUCUACAUCCCCAAUGGGCAAGAUGCCAACCAAAUCGUUUUGAAUCCCCUCGUGCUGACGAUCUUGUUCAUAUGCGCUUCAGAGAUGGGUAAGAUUGAUAUGCUGUCAAUGGUGGGCAGCGACUGGGCCAUGGAGGAAGGUGAGUUCUCAUUUGUCAGCCAGACUGGAGUAAUCACCGACACCAACAACUCAGUCACCUUCAACUUGCAGUACGUGUCCAAGGGGAACUCGUGUUGCCUCUACCGGUUCAAAUACCACCCUAGCGAGACCAAGACCCUCGACACCUGUUUCUUCCACAAGAGGAAGUGA